CUUCCCUCUCAGGUUCUUCAGUGGGCUCGGCCUGGAUCUCUCCCGACAUUGCUUUCAUGUCGGGGCCCUAAAAGUGGCAGGCGAGCCAAGGCACUGACAUUUCCCGCUUAGGCGUCUGGGUUAACCACAGCUCGCUUUAUGUGCAAUAUGAAUGCCUGCCUGCUGCUUGGUUCCCGUUGGCAGUUCUUGAUCCUCCUCUACUGCCAGGGUGGGCUGCUUGGCGUCAAGGCUGCUGACUGUCUCUGUUCUUACCAGUUUUCCUGCUACCGAAAAUCAUGGAUCGAAUCACCUCCCACGCAAUCUAUAUGUAGAAAUACUCUGACAUCCCUCACGAGGCUCCAACAACCGGGCCUGCGCUAAGGCGAAUUCGGAAAAGAGCAACCUCAGCCGCAAUCCCCAAGAUGUUUUCCAUCCCCGCAUUUCCCAUGUUGAGAUGCCCUCUGCGCUGUCUUGGAACUCACAAUCGAUGAAUCAGUCAGAAUCCUUGUCCACAAUGCACCCGGUAUCCUCGCCACCCGUAGACUCCUCGGCCAGCGCUCAGGACCAGCAGACCCAAUAUUACCAGUAUGAACCCAUUCCGAGCAGCACGCCAGGCAGUGCGGGGAGGCAGUCGACAGGAGCCAGAACUCGGCUGCUAGAGAUAAGACGAAAAGAUGACGGCGCCGUCGAGUAUAGCCUGAGCCUGUACAAUCUCUGCGAUUCCGACGCACAGUACGACGCCAUAUCAUACUGCUGGGGCGAUCCGGCUAUGGUCCACACCAUCACCGUCGACGGGACACCACUACGAGUGACCGCAGCGGUCUCGGCCAUGCUCCCUGUCCUCGCCCCUGACGCCGGCGUGGAGCCCCGCCGCUUCUGGAUCGACUCCAUCUGCAUCAACCAGGAUGACCCGCUCGAGAAGAACCAGCAGAUACCCCUGAUGCGGACCAUCUACCGGGGCGCCCGCAAGGUGGUUGCGUACCUAAGCGACUCCCCAGACGCCGCCCUCGCCGCCGAGUUCGUCCCGAGGCUGGCGGUCGCGCUAGCCGAGCAGGAAAUCACUCUCACGAUGCGCGGUGGCUUCCGCGCCGCCGACGGACACCUUCAUGGCUUUGAGCCCGCGGCGCUCCCCGGCCAGAUCCACGACUGGCGGGCGCUGCUGAAACUCUUUGUCGACCCCUACUGGUCCCGCACAUGGAUCAUACAGGAGACCGUCUUGGCUCGCGAGUUAGAGUUGCUGUACGGCGGACGUAUCCUCAGUUGGGACCAGUUCGCAUCGAUCGGCGCCGCCAUCCGGGGACCCCAAGGGGGGCCGGUAUGCGUCUUCCUGAGUUCGACCCCCGUGCUAGCUGAGUUCUUUUUCUUGGUGAUAUCCAGUUUGUCACACAUCUAUGGCAUCGACGCACAGCGGAAACAACUGUUCCGGGAGUACGACGAUAACCCAAAGAUGCUUCUGCCAUACCUAAUAGUCGAUUGUUGUAAAUCCAAAGCCACCUGCCCGGAAGACAAAGUGAUUGGCCUCCUCGGCCUGGGUCGGGGUGGAAUUGAUGAUGACGAGGAGGCUGAAAUCGGCCAAGACACCCGGGAACUAUUGCUUCCAGAUCAUACACGCAGCGUACUGGAGGUGUACGGCGACGCAGUGGAGUUUGCAUUGCGCCGGAACUGCUUCGUCCUUCUCAACAUCGCUGGAUGCUACUACAAACGUAGCAGCCUCGGCCUGCCCUCCUGGAUCCCGGACCUCACCGCCCCGCCGGGAGUCUCCCCUCUGGACAAUAUCAUAUCCAACUACCAGGCCGGCGCGCCGCAUAGCGCGCGCUUCGAGAUACGGCCGGACCGACGCCGACUGCGCAUCCACGGGUGGCUGUUCGACAAGGUCGCGGCUGCCGCCAGCGCACCGCCGCCAGCGAGAUACGGACUCGAGCACCAACUGUUCCAGGACCAGCUCAAGUUCUGGUCCGGGGUGUUGGACCAACACCUGGAGGCUUGGCGGCUGGUGGAACGGCACGUGUCGCGCGGCGGCAGACACCCCGUCACGGGCGAGGGGCCCUGGAGGGCGCUGUGCCGCACCGUGGCCGGCGACGCGCUGCCCGACGGCGAGCGCCUGGAUGGCGACCUCUUCGACAAGGUGCGCGACGCGUACAACACCUUCGCCCUCUUCGGCGCCUUGGCGGACUGGAGGGAGAGAGCGCUGUCCCGGGGCCUGGACCCCGACGGCGCUUUGGGGUUCCCGCCGGUGCCGGAGCUGGGCCUGCCCGCCAUGAUGCUGGAGUCCGAGGCGGAGUGGCUGCACGGGACCUUGUUUGCGCUGCAGGUGGUGCCCGGCUACGAGCAGAGCAUCCCGGCCAAGGUGCGGUUCCUCUACCAGACCAUGGCAGGCCGGAUGAUGAUGCGGUCCUUCGCCGUCACGGCCGAGGGGCACAUGAUGCUGGUGCCGCCCGGCACGAAAGAGGGCGAUGACGUGUGCAUCUUCGCUGGCGCCAAGACGCCCUUCAUCCUGCGGAGGGACGAGGGCAGUCGCCUAGAUUCUGGCGAGGGGGAACAAGGACAGGAGCACGGACAGGAGGACGAGGUCUGGAGGCUGUACGGUGAGGCGUACGUGCACGGCAUGAUGGACAAGCAGAUUCUCGACAAGCCCAUCUCCCAGCGUUGGUUCGAGUUGCGUUAG